AUGGCAGAACGUUGGACGCCGUUGGACGUCGCUGUUAUCGGCGGCGGCAUCGGCCACAACGUGACCAUAUAUGAGCAAGCCCACUACGCCGGAGAAGUCGGGGCCUCGAUCAGCUGUGCUGCCAACGGCACCCGGUGGCUGGAAGAAUGGAAUGUCGACAUCUCCAUCGGCAAGACGGUGGUGUUGCAGAAGCUGAUCCGCCACGAUUGGAAGACUGGUGAAGUACAGAGCAUCUAUGAUCUGUCAGACUACAAGGACCAAUGGGGAUGGGUCUACAAUAUGUUUCACCGAGUCAACAUGCACGAGAUGCUCAUGGAUUCGGCCACGGGCACUGGCGAAGGGACUCCGGCAAAGCUGCGGCUAGAUCACAAGUGCAAGGACAUCGACCAUGACAAGGGGAUUGUGACGUUUGAGAACGGGGUUGUUGCGCAGCACGAUAUGAUCGUCGGUGCUGAUGGGAUCGGAUCUGCCGUGCGUCGCACAUUAGGGGUAGUCCCGACCCGCAAACAGUCUACGUCCCCCUACUACCACUGCGUCAUCGAAGCCAGCGAAGUCUCCCGUCUCGGCCUCCUGGACCUGACGGGCAACUGCGCCAUCGAAUUCUGGGACGGCGUGGGGAUUGAGAAGAUCCUUUUGCGGCUUCUUCCCGACCUCGAAGUCCGACCACGCUUCCGAGGGGUGGAACUGCUGGCCCCGUUUCCAGAUCUGGACGAGAGACGGCUGGCUUUGUUCCGGCACGCAAAAGAUAUCAAACCAUGGCGGCUGUUCGUGCAUGAACCAUACACACACUGGACGAUUGGUCGGACGUGCAUCCUCGGCGAUGCCGCGCAUCCCAUGCUUCCGGACCAAAGCCAAGGGGCAUGUCAAGCGAUCGAAGACGCCGCUGCCUUGGGCCUCAUCUUCGGCCAGGACUAUACCUUCACGUCCGAUGUCGAGGCCGGACUGGCGCUGUAUGAGAUGAUCCGGAAACCCAGGGCCACGAAAGUGCAGGCGGCCAGUGCGCGGGCGCGGGAAAACAUCAACGAGAGGAUCGGCUUUUCGAGCAAGAAGAUAGGGUACAAGGCGGCGGUGGCGACGGGCAAAUUGACCAUUGACGAGAUGAACCUGUACGACAUGCGAAGACACGUCGCUGACGAGGCGGCGCCGCAGCGCAGGAGCAGGAGCGAUAUGAUUUCCCACAAGGGCGCCUUUGUUCCGCUCAUGUCGGUUUCCAAGAUGCCGGAGCAGUUGGCCAGGAUGUAA